AAGAUAGAAGAAGAAUUACUUCUGGGGUUCCACCGCUGUCCACUUCAUUGCUUGCGCUUUUGCAAAUUUCCAGACACGUCCAGACCCUCCUCCAUUCAUCUAAUCACUCUGAUUCCCCUUUUCUAUAUUUCUUCCAUCCAUUUUCUCUCUCUUUACCUCUUUUGGCCCUUAUAUUUAGGUUUAAUUUCAGAUUUAACUUCUGCUCCAAGAAAUUGACGUCUGAAUGAUUUUUGUUCUUACUGCUAAUCCUUCUUCUUUGAUUUUGAGGUCCUCGCAGCAAUCAUGGGAUGGUACAGAAGAUCAAAAUUCGGUCUUGACGCGUUUCGCCAUUUCGCAUCUAAGUUUUCACUCAAAAAUUCCAUUCAAGAAACCAUUCCAAGACCCAACAAAUUCAAUUCUGCAUCUGGGUUUUCCACCUCGUCCUCAAAGAUUUUGAGAAACUCGUGUUUUCAAUAUGGCAUCAAGCAAAAUAAGUAUACUACUGGCCCUUUUUUGGGUGGGGGUAGAAGAUAUUACUAUGUUGAUAGACACCAAGUUCAUCACUUUCGUCCAAGAGGUCCACAGAGAUGGUUUCAGAAUCCAAGAACGGUUCUUACUGUUGUCUUGGUUGGUUCCGGAUUAGUGAUAACUGUUUACAUGGGUAAUUUGGAGACUAUACCUUAUACCAAGAGAACCCAUUUUGUGCUUUUGUCUAAAGAUCUUGAGAAAAGGCUGGGUGACACUCAGUUUCAACAGAUGAAAGGGACAUUCAAAGGGAAAAUAUUGCCAGCUAUACAUCCGGAAAGUGUUAGGGUGAGACUUAUAGCUACAGAUAUAAUUGAAGCUUUACAAAGAGGAUUGAGAAAAGAACAAGUAUGGACUGAUCUUCACUAUGCUUCAGGUGACAUGGCAUCUCAUGGGACUACUAGUGGGCAGCAUGAAACUUUAAUGGCAUUGAGUGAUAGUAACCCCGAGGCGAAGUGGAGUAAAGAGGAUGAGAUUCUUGAUGACAGUUGGGUUCAGAAAAGUAGGAAGAAGGGACAGGAAAAGGGGUCAGAUUCCGCUACUGGGCAUUUGGAGGGAUUGAAGUGGGAGGUUUUGGUUGUAAAUGAGCCUGUUGUUAAUGCAUUCUGUUUGCCUGGUGGCAAGAUUGUAGUCUUCACAGGGUUGCUCGAACAUUUUAGGACGGAUGCUGAAAUUGCAACCAUAAUUGGGCAUGAGGUUGGGCAUGCAGUGGCUCGCCAUGCUGCUGAGGGAAUUACGAAAAACUUGUGGUUUGCGAUCAUUCAAAUGAUUCUUUAUCAGUUUGUUAUGCCUGAUGUUGUUAACACCAUGUCAGCCCUGUUCCUAAGGCUUCCAUUCUCACGCAGGAUGGAGAUGGAAGCAGAUUACAUAGGGCUGUUGUUGAUGGCUUCUGCUGGAUAUAACCCUCGAAUAGCUCCGUCAGUCUAUGAGAAGCUGGGCAAGAUUUCUGGUGAAUCAGCCUUGAGAGAUUAUCUAUCAACUCAUCCUUCUGGAAAGAAGAGAGCACAAUUGUUGGCUCAGGCUAAAGUAAUGGAUGAAGCCCUUUCGAUAUACAGGGAAGUGCAGGCGGGAAAGGGGAUUGAGGGUUUCCUAUAGAGGAUACAAGUGCAUACGCCAUGUGAGUAACCGAAGGUUGAUUUUUGUCUUUUACAAAAAUUGUGGUUUUUGGACAACUCCAAUUUCCUUUCGUGGCUGCACAAGUUGAUUCGUCUCAAAUGCUAUUCCCAAUGUGUUAUUUAGUGGAGAAGUGUAUUUUUUGAAGAAUAAAAAGACAUCACAUAGCUCCCAGUUACGGAGCUGUAGGUUGGUAAGCCCUUCUUUUCUGUUUUGGCAAAACGAUCAGUCAUCGGAAGCAACUGCCAAGUCUUUAAGCCAAAGAGAAUGGCAUCUUCUUUUCAAGAUGAAAAAACUUACAGUUUUGUGAAGACAUACACUUCAAAUAAGCUUUAUGAACUCGAGAACAGGGUAUCUCUUUCAAGUCCUGUGCCGUCAAGUUUCUAAGAAAUCUGAGGAAUGCAACUUGUAAUGCAACUUCCCGUCAUUUCAAGUAAAGUUUGUUGUUUAUCAGCUACCAAUGUUUUCAUCUGAUUGGCUUUCCUGUAGCAAUAUGUAUAAGGCAAUUUUCUAUCUUCUCCUAGCUUUUUUAUUUUUCUUCCAGAAUUUGGCAGGAGAUGUCAGAUCACCUGGGUAUUUAACGAACUUUAGCAAUGCUUCAGUAUUUUCGA